GAUGCUUAUUACCGGAAUUGUUCAUCUACGAUGCAAAUUGCACAGGUGCGUAUAAAUACUUGUGGGUACCUUAAUAAGUAUUUAACUCACCAGUAAAUCUAAACGCCAUCAUGUCCCAUAUAGAUUUCGACGUCUCAAAAGCCACAGAGGUAGAUGGGAUGGGCAUUUUCUUUGGUUGUGGCCAUCGCUUCAUCCUAGCCGUUGAAGAGACUCCCGCGCUAAGUAGAGAAUGUGCGGACAGCUUUAAAUGUCCCCUUCGCCAUUCUCACAUGUGCUUGUCCUGGAAUGAUAGUUUCCCUAGUUGGCUAGACUCCUGUGGUUCCUGUGACAGGUUUUGUACUUUUGACGCGAUGGCCGAUAAAGUAGCUGCUCAAGAUGUGUUCGCAAUCACUUUCAAACAUGGAAUCGUCUCGGUUCCAUGUAUUGGUAACGAAAAAACACUCACUUUGUUGCCGCGUGUCUUCGGGUUUGGUUUUGGACGUGUCGAGUUCAGGGCAAUCAUUGAUGAGGCGGGCGUUAAACACGUUGUUGAGCUUAUGUUCCUUUACCUAUGGGGCAUGACCUGGCUCAAUUCGCAAGGGUGUCUCAAGAAUAAUCAUUUAGUAAAGAUUAUGAUUCGCAGCGAGGUAAACCCUUGGAUGAGGCAUGUCUAAUAUUAACCUUAGCAAUAAAUCGUGCAUGCAUACCCCAUAGAUAGGUAGGUAGGUACCCAUUUAUAUUUCGAAAUAAUACCUGAGAUACAUUUAUUUUCCAUUGCCCCUACUGUGUUUUGGUUUAUUCCAAGUCUACUUCGUCCAUGUUCCUGAUGAAAAAGGAAUACCACUGAACGCUUUUGAUGUGACCAAGAACACUAACUUUCUCGUCUACCGUAUGUAUGCCUUCAAAACCUUCCUGUUCCGGAUCCCAACCAGGUUCAUAGCGAAAAAUGUGUCGGGUUAAAUCC